AUGUUCUGCAAGUUUAUUUUGGAGAAAGAAAACUUCAUCUGCACUGGGACAGAUGAAGCAAUCUUUGAGUGUGACGAGUGCAGGAGCCUACAGUGCCAGCGUUGUGAGGAAGAGCUGCAUCAGCCGGAGAGGUUACGGCACCACGAGCGGACCCGUAUCAGACCCGGCCAUGUCCCGUACUGUGACUCGUGCAAAGGCGCCAACGGGAACAUAAUGCACGCCAGCACACCGGGCUCGAGGCAGAUCGCAGCGGUGAGGUGCCAGGUGUGCAAAAUCAACCUCUGUGUGGAGUGUCAGAAGAGAACACAUGCCGGGGGGAACAGAAGGAAGCACCCUGUCACCGUGUACCACGCUGGCAAAGCUCCAGAGCAGGAAGACGACGAGGGGAUGGAUGAGGAGACCAAGAGAAGGAAGAUGACAGAGAAAGUUGUGAGUUUCCUCUUGGUGGAUGAAACUGAGGAGAUUCAGGUAAGGAAUGAAGAAGAUUUUAUUAAGAAACUGGACUGCAGUCCUGACCAGCAUCUAAAGGUAGUGUCCAUCUUUGGGAACACGGGGGAUGGCAAGUCUCACACCCUUAACCACACUUUCUUCUAUGGCCGGGAAGUCUUCAAGACGUCUCCAGCCCAAGAGUCUUGCACAGUUGGAGUCUGGGCAGCCUAUGACCCAGUCCGCAAAGUGGUGGUAAUUGAUACAGAGGGCCUCCUGGGGGCCACUGUGAACCUGAGCCAGAGAACACGGCUGCUGCUGAAGGUCUUGGCCAUCUCUGACCUUGUCAUCUACCGUACUCGUGCUGACAGGCUCCACAAUGAUCUCUUCAAAUUCCUUGGUGAUGCCUCGGAGGCUUAUUUAAAACAUUUCACCAAGGAGCUAAAAGCUACCACAGCCCGCUGUGGCCUAGAUGUUCCUCUGUCAACUUUGGGUCCAGGUGUCAUCAUCUUUCACGAGACUGUGUACACCAAGCUACUGGGCUCUGAUCAUCCUUCUGAGGUUCCUGAGAAGCUCAUUCAGGAUCGGUUUCGGAAGCUGAGCUGUUUUCCUGAGGCGUUCAGCUCAAUCCACUACAAGGGAACAAGGACAUACAAUCCUCCAACAGAUUUCUCUGGACUUAGGCGAGCUGUGGAGCAGCAGCUGGAGAACAAUACCACUCGGUCACCUAGACAGCCUGGGGUUAUCUACAAAGCACUAAAAGCUCUAAGUGACCGGUUCAGUGGGGAGAUCCCCGAUGACCAGAUGGUUCACAGCUCUUUCUUUCCAGAUGAAUAUUUCACAUGCUCCUCUGUGUGCCUGAGCUGUGGGUGUGGCUGUAAGAAGAGCAUGAACCAUGCAAAGGAAGGAGUCCCUCAUGAAUCCAAAAGUCGAUGCCGAUAUUCUCACCAGUAUGAUAACAGAGUCUACACUUGCAAGGCCUGUUAUGAACGAGGGAUGGAGGUCAGCGUGGUGCCAAAAACCUCUGCUUCCACUGACUCCCCUUGGCUGGGCCUUGCCAAGUACGCCUGGUCAGGGUACGUGAUUGAGUGCCCCAACUGUGGAGUGGUGUACCGCAGCCGACAGUACUGGUUUGGCAACCAAGAUCCUGUGAACACUGUAGUGAGGACAGAAAUCGAGCAUGUCUGGCCAGGGACUGAUGGAUUUCUGAAAGACAACAACAAUGCAGCCCAGCGUUUGUUGGAUGGGAUGAAUUUCAUGGCACAAUCAGUUUCUGAACUUAGCCUGGGACCCACAAAAGCUGUGACCUCCUGGUUGACAGACCAGAUUGCCCCAGCUUACUGGAGACCCAACUCUCAGAUUCUGAGUUGUAAUAAGUGCAACACGCCUUUUAAAGAUAAUGACACUAAACAUCACUGCCGGGCCUGUGGAGAGGGCUUCUGCGAUGGCUGUUCUUCCAAGACCCGUCCAGUGCCUGAGCGAGGCUGGGGACCUGCACCAGUGCGCGUGUGUGACAACUGCUAUGAAAACAGGGGCAUCCAGUUAGAUGUGGCUGAGCUGCCUUCAGAUGAGGAAGGGGGGACACUUAUUGCCAGGAAGGUGGGGGAAGCUGUGCAGAACACUCUUGGAGCAGUGGUGACAGCCAUGGACAUUCCCUUAGGUCUGGUAAAAGAUGCUGCCCGACCUGCAUACUGGGUACCAGACCAUGAAAUCCUGCACUGCCACAACUGCCGGAAGGAAUUCAGCAUCAAACUCUCCAAACACCACUGUCGGGCCUGUGGCCAGGGAUUCUGUGACGAAUGCUCGCACGACCGCCGAGCGGUUCCCCUCCAGAUCUUUGCAAUUCCUUAUGUUCUCAGGGUUACAAAUGAAAAUAUCUGGUCUCCAUUUCACCUCUUAACCUGUUGCAGCCAGAAUGCAUGUUUCCAGUUUCUGGCCUCCUCUCGUGUUAUAUCCAUCUUGGAAUGCUGGGAAUGA